GUCCACGCGACUUCCCGUGGAGCUUGUACUAUCAGUUCAACUUGCGAUAUUGGCAUCACAUGGAAACGGGAAACGAGUAUUCAAUUUAUCGGUCUAAGUCCUCCAUACGGUGCGGUCCAGAAAAGGAGAGAACCUGAGUAUGAAAAGCCGUUUAGCUCCACCCAACGUAACUCAAGUCUUGACCCCCGCUCUUGACUCUCUCUUGACUAGGCCUUGACUGUACCCAAGCCCUCCAAGUCUCUUCCAAGCUUUUGGUCCCGAUUACUUGGUCCUGCUGGAAAAUGGCUACAGAUCGGACUGAGUUUGCUGCUGUACAUGAGGCAUCCCUUCAUGAUGAAGCAGAGAUAAAGAAGGAUAAUUCCAACUCCCCGUUAUCGUCCUCGUCUGCGGAUGAACCGGAGCUCGACGGUAUUCACGACGGCCUCGAAUUUCCUACGGAUGAGGAGAGACUUACCUUGAGACGGGUUGCCGACAGUGUACCAUGGAAUUCGUACCUCAUUGCCCUUGUUGAAAUGGCGGAACGAUUUUCGUACUAUGGCACCUCUGUUGUCUUUACCAACUUUAUUCAGUGGCCUCUACCCGAUGGCUCACGCACAGGUGCUGGUGGUCUAAAUGGCCAAUCAGGUGCUCUUGGAAAAGGUCAACAAGCUUCCACCGGCCUCACGACUUUUUAUUCGUUCUGGGCUUAUGUUACCCCAUUAUUGGGAGGCUAUAUUGCGGACACACAUCUUGGUCGUUUCAAUACGAUAUAUUUAGGCCUCGCAAUUGCCAUGCUCGGCCAUAUCAUUAUCAUUAUCUCAUCGGUUCCUGGGGUUGUCGAGAAAAGUGGUGCAAUCGGGUGUUUCGCAGUUGGAAUGGUUGUUACUGGACUCGGGACUGGUCUCUUCAAAUCCAAUGUCUCCCCCCUCAUCGCUGAGCAGUAUAAGCGAACCAAACUAUUCGUGGUCACUCUCGACACUGGCGAGCGUGUUAUCGUCGAUCCAGCGCAUACCAUAACUCGAGUAUACAUGUACUUCUACUUGUUCACAAAUAUUGGAUCUCUUAUCGGCCAAAUUGCCAUGACUUAUGCCGAGAAGUUUGUCGGUUUUUGGCUCGCAUUCACACUUCCCACCUGUGUCUUCCUCAUGUGUCCUUUGGUGUUAUUUGUGAGGAGAAAACAUUAUGUUCGCUCUCCUCCUACCGGAUCCGUUCUAGCAACUGCCCUUCGUCUGUUCGGUUUGGCCGCAAAGGGACGCUGGAGUCUCAAUCCGAUUCGCUUGUACAAGAACUUCAAAGCUCCCGACUUUUGGGAGCAAGCAAAGCCAAGCAAGCAGGUCGGUCAAAAACCUGCUUGGAUGACCUUCGAUGACAUUUGGGUCGAAGAAGUCCGACGCGGGGUGAAAGCAUGUGGUGUCUUCGUCUGGUACCCUCUUUACUGGCUCACUUACGGACAAAUCAACAACAAUCUGACAUCUCAGGCAGCUACAAUGUCUACUCAUGGCGUACCCAAUGAUGUUUUGUCGAACUUGAAUCCUUUUGCACUCAUCAUAAUCAUUCCGAUAUUGGAUCUCUUAGUAUAUCCUGCUAUGCGCAAAGCGGGCAUCAAGUUCUCCGCCUUGAGGCGAAUUACUUGCGGUUUUCUUUGCGGUACAUCAGCCAUGAUUUGGGCUGCAGUUCUUCAAUAUUAUAUCUACCAGACCAACCCAUGUGGUUAUUUUGCGAAUAGCUGCAAAGAUAAUCCUUCACCGCUUAAUGUCUGGAGCCAAACUGGAUCAUACGUGCUCAUCUCUCUCAGUGAGAUUUUUGCGAAUAUCACGGGUUUGGAGUACGCUUUCACCAAGGCUCCGAAGAAUAUGCGUUCCCUCGUCAUGGCUAUUUAUCUCUUUACUAACGCAAUAGGGUCCGCCCUCUCGGAGGCAUUUAUUCCCCUUGUGGAAGACCCACGGCUGAUCUGGAAUUACACGGUUGUUGCUUGCCUUUCCUUCGUCGCAGCGAUCGGGUUCUUCAUCUCCACCAGAAAGCUUGACAAGGCGGAAGACGAGUUAAACAACUUGGCUGAGGGGCAUUUGGCAGCAGAAGACCCACAGAAGCAUUCAGAAAAGGCAUAAACCAAUUUUCAGAUUUAUAACGACCGAAAUGUAAUAUGUCUAUCAAUAUCAGUUGCACCUUAAGCAC